GGCGGGGCUUGGGGGCUGCCUGCCUGCGGAUUGGCUGGGGGUGGGAGGGAGACCCCCGGACGGAGCCGGAAUGGAUGGGGCGGCCCUGAGCCCGAACCCGCUCUGGAUGCGCCUGGACUCCCUUCCCCGUGGUCUGUUUUUGCAUCCAGCGGUGUCACGAAUUGCACUGGUCUCAGCCCCAAACCACUUUGAGGCACAUCCUUAUGGCUUAACCCCCCCCCCCCCCCCACGAGAUGCUGCCAUCCCCAAGAUGCGGGGACCCCGGCCUGGGCUCGGGAUUUGGGUACCUGUAGAUCUUGCUUGGGUUUCGUUUGGGCCGCAUGCGUCUUGUUUGGGGUCGGGGUGUGGGGACCCCCCCACACAUCAUGCCUAGGACAUGGGACCCUUGCGUGGAGCUUGGGGGCAGAGUAUGAGAUCCCUGUUAUGUUGACAUGGGGAAUUCACACUGGGAGAAGGGUCUUGAUCUGGGAACACUUGCACAACACUGGGGCCAUGGGACCCUUGCACUGGGGCUGGGCUGUGGGGAUACUCACAUGGUGCUUGGGGUGAGGUUAAGGUUGGGGUUGGGAUCCAGGAGCCUUGUACUGGGGUAAAGAUCUGGGAACCUCUGUGAUGGGGUCAGGGUUUGGGAACCUCUGCAUCGGGGUGAGGAUUCGGGGACCUCUGCAUUGGGGUAAAGAUUUAGGAAGCUGCUGCCAUGAAGAAGAAGACGACAGGCAAUGGGAGAGGGCUGGAUCUGGCACCACCACCCCCUCGCACCCGGGGCAUCACCAAGCCAGCAGAGUACGUGGGUUCCUUCAUGGUCGAGGAGCUGGAGCUGCAGCAGCAUGCGGGGCAGCUGGAGGACCAGCUGCAGGCGCUGAAGGACUGCCCCAGGAGGAGGUCUGUGGUGCUCAGGUUCAGCUUGCAGGGACUGAAGGUCUAUGGUGCCGAUGGGGAGACGCUGCUGAUGGCGCACGCGCUGCGCCGCAUCCUGUACAGCACUUGCCUGCACGCCGAGUGCCAGUUCGCCUUCGUGGCCCGCAACCCCCACAGCCCUCCCAGCGCUCUGUUCUGCCACCUAUUUGUGGGCCCUCCGGGUGAGACUCACGUGCUGCACCUGCUGCUGUGCCGCUCCUUCCAGAUCUGUUACCUCCAGGCACACCCUGAGCUGCAGGCAGCUGAGCCCGACCCUCCCGUUCUGCUGAGGGAGCCCCUCAACCCUGAGGAGGUGUCACGCACCGUCAACGCGCUCCUGUCCCUGCGGCGCCUGCCCGCCCUCGGCCCGCUGGGUGCAGGGGUGGGUGCAGGCCUUUGCAGUGCAGCGUUGCACAGCACAUUGCACAGGACAUGCUUGCAUGGUGCACUUUUUGCAUGCAUUUGCUCCAGGAGAGACGGGCGGAGGCUGAGGGCCGUGCCGUGGGUUGGCGCCCGGGGAACCCCUACUGCUCCCCAGUGCUGGUGCGCAAAAAGGCGAUACGCAGCAAAGUGCUGCGCUCGGGUGCCUACCGCGACUGCGGGGCUGAGAGUACACUGCAGCAGCGCGAGGGGGCCCCAUCAGGAGGGGAGAGCAGAGGCAUGCGGGGCCUGGUGCUGUUCCCUGACACUGAGGCUGCCCUGGCUGAGAGCGUGUGGGCCUUCGCUGGCAUCGCCAGGGCCGACGGCAUCGCGCUGCUGCACAGGGACGUGCUGGGAGCAUUUCUGCUGCGCCCUGAGCCCGGCGGGACCCCACGCUGGUGCCUGUGGGUGCGUGUGCCCUGCGGCGUUGUGCCCUACUGCGUGCUGCGGACACUGCAGGGCCGGUUCUGCGUGGAGGGCUUCCACCUGCUGAGGCCGUUCACUUGGAAGGGAAGCCAGCUCCCCUCCUCCAACCCCAGUAAGAUACUGAAGCAGAGAAGCAGCUGAUCAGAGAAGUAAGUCAGGAGACAGUCCUACUGUCUUUGACUGAAGUUUGUGGAUCUUUAUGGUACCUACUACAAAUAGGACAUAAAGGUGUGUGGUUCAACCUUUCCAGUAUACUUUUCAUAGUAUUGUUUUUGGUUCUUGGCCUUUUCUUAUGGUCAAAUUUUAUGUUCUCAGAGCCCUUAUUUGCAAUACCAUUUCCUCUCAGUAAUGUUCACUCCAUCUCCAGAUGAGUGGGGCUUUCCAGGAUUUAUUUGAAGCACAUAUAACGAGAAGAGUGAACUACAUGAGAUGCUUAGAUUUGUUCCAUCAGUGGAGAGAGGAAAGCAGCAGGGAAAGACAUUAGAAAAAGCAGAAGGAUAAGGAGGAGAGAUGGAGCCAGGAGUAAGAAUGAGGAGUUGGUAGAGAGAAUAGAAGAAGAGGGGCCAGAAGGAAGUGAACUUUGUCCUCACUUGUUACAAAGCUCUUUCCAGGGCACCACAUCUGCCCAAAUGGCAGGUUGGUAGGGCUAGCUGGCCACCUUUCAUCAGUACUGCACCCAUUUCAGCCACAGGAAAACGUCAGUGAGUACUGUUUUAUUGGGGUGGAUGUAAGCUGUGACCUUGUGUACAGUUGGGAGUAGUGCUGCUGCACCAGACUCUCUGUUGUGCCCUUCAGGAGGAUGAAGAGAUGCUGGCCCAGCUAAAGGCCAGCCACGAAGUAGAGCAGAAGUCCCGUGCCCACUUUGAAGAGGGCAUCAGUAACCUGAGGAUCUGCUGUGGCCUCAGGCUGUCUGCUGUCAAGGAGAACCUCAGGAAGGAAGCAGGUGUGGAUUAGGCAGGGUGCACAACAUAGAGUGAUAGUGCCCUGGUGCUGCUCACAUGCUGCAGGGUUGACUUCGGGAAUAAGCUGAAACAGAGGGUUUCUUACAAACUCAGAUUUAUGGUAGCCACUGCAGUCUCUGAAGCGGCACUGACAACUGCAGCAGCGUCUCAGCCCCUGCUCUUCCUCUCCCUUAUUGGUAGCAGGAGUGACUAUACCUUCUGGUCCAUUUGCAAGACUGUUCCAGCUUUGUCCUAUUCCCUAUUUCCCUGAGCUCUUUUCCAUGUCAAGACCAGCCUGGCUCUAACCUGCAAGGCCUAAGGCAACAAAAUGCAAUUUUGCCCAUGCAGCUGUGAGUUUUCUCUGCCUUAGAGCAGCAUUCCUCAGAGGUUUAUGCUGCAGAGCUGUCUCAGCAGGCAGCAGGACUGUCUUGAUCCAACUGGCUUCCCACAACCCAUAUGCCCAAGACAAGGGUGUCAGUAUCUUCCAUUGCAUACAAAUCUGAUGCAGCUCUUGGUUUCCCAGUGGAUUAUCAACACUAUCACUUUGUCAGAGGGCAGGUAUUCCUGCCAUGCACCUAUCAAAGGUUGCCAGCUAUCCUAUUCAUUAUCAUUUUUCAUUUAUAUUCCUGUGGUGCCUUAGAGCAUGUUUUGUAAUGUGCUUGCACAGCACGUAUUGUCCAAUAUUAAUUCUUGCAACCGUAUUCUUAAUCCUCGAUGCUAUCGCUUUCUAAGGUGAAAGGUUUAUUUUUUCCCCUCUGAUUACAAGCGUGUUUGCCAUAAGCCUCUCAAAUAGGUUUCUAUGUGAAUGUGAGGUUCAAGGUUUUCCCAGCCCUUUAAGAUCUGUAUUACUUGCCUGACAUGCCCUCUGGGUCUCUGAUGGUUUUUACUUGCCAGCCUAGGAGGUAAAUAACAGACUUCUCCCCCCAGCCAAACAGACAGCUUUCAGCUUUUGGGGCAGGUUUUGUGAUGUUUGCACAGAUUUAAGUCUAUGCAGAGCUCACUAUUUACAUUGCAGGUAUUUGCUCUUUUAUUCUUCAGCUGCUGUGAAUUCUGCAGCUAUUCUUGUUGCGACACCCUUGCCUAAAGACUCUCCUUCUGCAACAGAUGAAGAACUGACAUCAGUCAAAGUUCCCUUCAGUCCACUUCUUCCUCCCAGGCUGAAGAAACCCAAGUAGGCAGUGUCAUGCUUCAUCUCUCCCAGGACUCACCCUGCAUCUUUUCGGAGCUGCAGCCUUUUGUCUUGUCCUCAGGACUCAGUAGUUCCUCAAGCUGUGCGAGGUGCUGGUGAUGGGAAUGCUGGAGCAGAGGAGGCUGUCAUAGCAGAGAAGACUUUGGCACCUGUGGACCAGCAGCAGGUGCUUGCCAGGUCAGCGGCUGCUUCUGAUAACUGCCUCCUGUUGCACACAGGCAAGAAGCAAUCCUACUCUUCCACAGCAGUCUGACUGCUGAACUUCAGCUAUGUGUUGUGUGCGACCCAAAGUCAAGCAGGUGUACAUUCUUUAUCCCCAAAUUAACAGUGUCCAUUUGGAGCAGAUAAAUAGCUGGUAGGUGCAGCACCCCGAUGCCUAAUGCCGUAAUUAGGAGUGAACUGUCAUUGAGAGUUUUCCUGAGAGACUCUCCAUUGUCACUGAGAUCACUAUCGCUUCUGCCUCAUGCAUCUGACAGUAUUUGCAAGAUUUCAGCCAAAGCCAGCAUCAAAACUGCCUGGGAAUAAAACGUGAUUGGCAACAUUAGACCCAGGACCUGAAUCCCAUGGCUGGGGUGUGAGGGGUACAGGGCCACAUCUCCCACAUGGCUGAUCUCUGUGAGCUUCCACAACACUCUCUCACUGUGCUGGGCCUCUCCUACCUGCCAAACGAGCCAUUAAUAAAAUUAGGAUAGCACUGUCUGUAAUUUGUGGGGAGUUCUGGCUGUCAAUGGAGAUGGCUCCAAAGAAACCCUCAGUUUUGACAAUAUAUCAAAUCUUAAUAGUCUUGGUGCCUGAAUUUUUUCUUCCUGUUAUAAAGAAGGAAAAAUGCCAACUGCAUUGUUAAAAUCAGAGUUGGCUGUGGAUUAGGCAGGAGAGUUUGGUUCCACAGGUGUGGAAUUUUCAAAGUCACCUUUUAAAUGCUUUACACCACAGGAUGGCUGAGAGUCAGCAGAGUGGGAUUCAGUCCUGCAUUAAGCAAACAAAACUGAAAGCUGCUUGGCAACUGCAGGGAAGUAGAAUAGCAGGUCAUCUGUGGUGGAGAAUGAGCUCUUUUCGAUGGGUCCGAAGAUUGUUAAGAGGCUAUUAACAGCAGAGGUUUGAUCAGCAGUAGGAUGUUCUCCAACCUGAGACAGUGCUGGUGACCCUGAGCUAUCUGCUCUGCUACAGAUGUCAGUGCAAACAAAGAGAGCAGCUAGCAGCUGGGGAGUGCAGUGUGCUUUGUCUAAACAGGCACCAGCUGCGCCAGGAAGUGGUGCCACACCAGCACAGUGGUACAAGGGGUGAGCAGCCUGGGAUCUGAAUUCACAUCAUGGAUUAGGAGAAUGCCUGGGCUCAGCACUCUGUUGAAUAUUUAUCUCCCUUCCAGGAUUUUUACUGCUGGUGUAAGAUCACCGGGACUUGUUGGUGUAAGAUCACUGUUGCCCUUAAAAAGGCAGAUUGGUGCACACCCAGACUGGCUUAAAGAGAACACUGGUAUGUCUAGACAGACGGUUUGCAGUGUUCCAAUGUGCUUCAGGCUACGUACAAACCCCUUGCCUGCUUGGAAAGGUCACAAUGCUGUGACAACAGCAGUCCUAGCUCCUUCAUACCCACAUCAGUGUGUGGGGCUAUGCAGCGUGAACAUGAGAUGAGCUUGGUUUGUGCCAGUUUUUCCUUCUCUUCUUGUCCAUUUUUUAAUGUUAAUGAGAUACCUUAGGGCAGUAGGUUUGCAGAAUGAUGGCAUCUGUGCCUAAUGUGCCUUGUGUGUGCUUGUGUUAGUACCUAUAAUGUUGAUUAGACUCAUGGGAUUUCUGGAGUGAAAAAGGCCCCACUGAGAUCAUCGAGUCCAGCUCCACUGCAGGCGUUUUUAGGAUCUGUUCGAACAAAGUUGAUCCACGACUCCAGCCUACUCAAAGCUCCCCAGGGGGUUUUAAAAGCCGUUUUCCUUACUGCGUAACACAGGAACACAUCUGUGAUGGGAGAGGAGGCGACUCCCUCUACUGGGCUUAGGCCCAUUCUGAUCACCCAGGAAAAUGGGCUAUGCAAAGUUUUCUGGAAAAAUGUAUAUUUUAAAAUAUAAACGCACAUUAUUUAUAUGUAUAUAUAUGCAGAACCCUUACAUCUUAAGCAUGCUUGAAAGUCAGUUUUGCUCUGCCUAUAUGAGGCAGUUUAAAUAACGUGCUCCUAUGCCGUCAGGUAUCUGCACUGUAGGAACUUGAUUAAUUGAGGUCACCAAAUACGGCACCUUUUUCACGUAAAACAGGAAUCCCACGACUUUGUUAGUGCAGGACACAGAGCACUCAGUGAAAAUUAAAUCCCAUUUAAAGCCACAGUAAUUGAUGGUGUGAUGUAUCAAGACUUCUGUUUAAACCAACGUGGAGUUCUCUUUCCAGAUCAAAUCUCAUCCUAAUUAUUAAUUAUAAAUUAGAAAGCACUGAAGUUUUUGCUUUUAAAAGUGGGUGGUAACAGUAAGUGCUCAUUAAAUUCCUUAUGUUUGAA